UAAAGAUUAGGCGCACUGUCACGAGCUUUUUAUCUCUUUCUAAUCUAAUGAUAAUCAAUACCACCACCAGCAAACACACGUAACUACAUUCUCUCAUUUUACAGCACGUUUAUGUUGUGUAACUGUUAUUGAAAUUAUUUGUAUCAAAUUUGUUGCAGAAUGCCACGACACAACUGAUAGUUACACUCCCAUAUAAUGCAGUAAAAUGUCAAAACUAUUUCAAGUGGACGCCCUUACUGGGACCAGACGGCUGUUUUAUGCUGUCUCACCAAAUGAAACAUCAUUUGAAACAAUAGAGGAAGUACCUGAUUAUCUGUAUGAGGCUGUUCCAUUUUUCUUGGGGGCGUUUCUGUUGGAGCUUGUCAUCAGUAUUUGGGAGGGGAAGCUUAACGAGAGAAAUUUUCUGCCUGACAGCAUCAGCUCCAUAACGGCUGGUAAUCUGCUCCUCCUUACUGCAUUUUUAGCUCAUGGGGUGACUGUCGGAAUCUAUGCUUGGGUGUAUGAGAACUACCGACUAGCGACCCUACCAUGGGAUAACUCCUGGACUUGGGUCUUGUGCUUCCUCUUGGUUGACUUGGGCUACUAUUGGCUGCACAGAAUGUCACAUGAGGUGAAUAUUUUCUGGGCUGCUCAUCAAACGCACCACAGUUCUGAGGAGUACAACCUGUCUACUGCUUUAAGACAAUCCAUCUUCCAGCGCUUCACGUCUUGGAUGUUUUACAUUCCGAUGGCCAUGGCUGUACCACCACCAAUCUACCUCAUGCAUAUUCAGUUUAAUACACUCUACCAGUUCUGGAUUCACACCAGGUGUAUAAAGACACUUGGUCCUUUGGAGUAUGUGCUGAACACACCAAGUCAUCAUAGAGUACAUCAUGGGCGCAAUCGAUACUGUAUUGACAAGAACUAUGCUGGAACCCUCAUUAUCUGGGACCGCAUGUUUGGAACAUUUGAAGCGGAGAAAGAUCCUGUUGUAUUCGGAUUAGUUCAUCCAUUGGAAUCCUUCAACCCGCUGUAUACUCAGUUAUGUCACUACAAGUACAUUCUUGAAACUGCUUGGAGCAUGCCGGGUUUGAGGAAUAAACUCUGGGUGUUCCUUAAAGGACCAGGUUGGAUGCCGGGUUUACCAAGACAAGGGCGUAUUGAAGACAUUCCAGAUAUUCACUAUCCGAUGCCAAAGUAUCGACCCAAACUCAAGAUGUGGACGUAUUUGUACGUGUUGCUUCAUUUUACCAUUAACUUCUUCAUGUUUGAUUACUACAUGUCAUCUUUGAAGAUAAUGUCCCAGCCUGUUACCAUGUGUGGAAUGAUCUACCUUAUCUAUACAUUCACUUGUAUCGGAGCCAUCAGUGACAUCAGGCCAGCUGCCCCUUUCAUGGAGGUAUUCCGCUGCGCAUUGGUCCUCGUUGCCGAGGUACUCAUCAGUGUCUACCUUCCCAUAAUGCAUCAAAACAACUCGGUGGUCAAGUUGCAACUGUUGAGGGCAGUGUUUAGUCUGUCGAUCUUGGUAUGGUUGCCGAAGUGCAGGUCUGUGCUCACAUCUCGCAAGACGAAACCCGAGUGAUGACAUUCAAAGUUUUCAAAGGUGGAUGUUUUUUUUCAGGAUGUUUUCUUUCAUUUUGUGAUUGAAAAUAAACAUGUAGGCUAAGGGCUUUAUCUAAUCGUACAAAGUGGAAUCUCUCCAUUGAUCAAAUAUUUGGCCAUCAUGAAAUUGAAAUUUUCUUUUUACUUCUGCAUAUCUGCUUCUUGUUGGAAGCUCAGAAUCAUCCAGGUACAUCGCCUGCAUUGGCUCAGUCUCAUUUACAGCUUCAAGCUUGGCUUUCCUGAUCUUAAGAAUAUACUGUAAUUUUACUGCGAGUCAUACCCACAUCUAACAACCUGGCUCCAAAACGGAAAAGUCUUGCUUACAUUUUAGUGAAAAUUUUGCUAAAUUGUGACAAAUUUCAGGGGAAGCUUUGCAACAUCAAAAUUUGUUAAAUUCACAAGCAUUUUAGUAAAAAACCACAAGGGGUUAGCCUUGCAUUUUAGUAAAAAAUGGGCUAAAAUUUGAUGAAUUGACAAGGGGUAAGCCAUGAUUUUGGUCACAAUUUUGCCUAAAAUGUAAUAAAUUCACAAGGGGUUCCUUGCAUUUUAGUUAAAAAGUGGGCUAAAAUUUGAUAAAUUCACAAGGGGUAAGCCUUAGUUAAAAAUGGGUUAAAACUGUAUAAAUUCACAAGGGGUAAGCCUUGCAUUUUGGUCACAAUUUUGCCUAAAAUUU